AUGGCCGCCGCCACCCCCGCGCGCACCUCAACCCUGAUCGCAAACCUCUCCGCCGUAACGGCGCGCAUAACCACCGCAAUCAGCACCUCCCAAACGCCCAACAAACCCGUCCGCCUCGUCGCGGUCUCCAAACUCAAGCCCGCCUCAGACGUCCUAGCCCUACACCAACCACCAGCAACACAAUUCCACUUCGGCGAAAACUACCUCCAAGAACUCCUCGAGAAAUCCCGCCUCCUCCCACCAACCAUCAAAUGGCACUUCAUCGGCGGCCUACAAUCCAACAAAUGCGUCACGCUAGCGCGUGACGUGCGCGGCCUCUGGGCCGUCGAAAGCGUCGACACCGAGAAGAAAGCCUCACUACUCGAUAAAGGACGCGGCGAACGCAAGCCCGACGCGGAGGAAACAGAAGCACAGACUUCGUCCGGCGAUACAGAUACCAGACUCCGCAUCUACGUACAAGUCAACACAUCCGGCGAGGCAAACAAAGCCGGCAUUGAACCCGCCGCAGCGCCAGCCUUGGCGCGCUUCAUUCGCGAGAAGUGUCCUCGGCUUAAGUUGCAGGGUGUCAUGACCAUUGGAGCGAUUGCGCGGUCGAAGGCUACGACGCCGGAGAAUGAGAAUGAGGAUUUUGUGUGUCUGCGUGAGACGAGGGAUCGCAUUGUCGAGGAGCUUGGGUUGAGUGGGGCCGAGGCAGAGUUGGAGCUUAGUAUGGGGAUGAGCUCGGAUUUCGAGGGUGCUAUUGCCCUUGGGAGUGAUCAGGUGCGUGUUGGGACUAAUAUCUUUGGGGAUCGGCCGCCCAAGGCGGAGGCGAGGGUUGUUUAG